AUGAAAGUCCUUGUCGGGCUCAUGCUUCUUCGCAUCGACCUCAAUGCUUUCAUCAUCACGAGUCCCUUCCCCUGCACUGCCCAUAUUCUCGGCUGGAAACCUUCAUCCCAGACGAAGACCUACAUUGUAGCCGCCAUCACCAGGACCAGGAACACGGCCCUUGUCAUCACAGAUUUCGACAGCCAAAAUUCGCUACUCGGCAGAACGAUCUGCACUACCAUGCUCACUAUCGCGAAACCCCGAUUCUGGGUGGUUCUGGUGGUGCCGCUGUAA